UUUUUGUAAGCUCGUACGUGAAGCAGCCCCGGGAAACAAAAAAAGCGAAAAGUUUAUUCAAAAUUUCUAUAAAUAUUAAAUAUAUAUAUUCUUUGAGUAUUUGUUUGGACGAUCUGAGCCGUAGCAAAUAAUGCUUCGGCUUAGAUCGGGAUUGCGCUUGCUGGAGGCAUCGGUGCGCAAUCAUAUGACCAGGACAUAUGGGCUUGCAUCGGCAAUGCCCUUCGUCAAGGCGGUGAAUGAUGAUGUGGAUGUGGUUUACUGCAAGAAAAAGGACGAGAAUGCAGGCAAGGACAAGCUUGAGAAGGCCGCGAAGGCUGCGACGUCCGAGAAGCUUGACAAGCCCAAGCAAGGCAGCCAGCCCGUGCGGAUGAAGAAGGAUGGCGACAAACAGGUCGGCGAGCCACCUGCCAAGGAGGUGGCCGCCAAAGAUGGUGACAAAAAGGACGAAGCGCCAAAAGCAAAGCCCAAGCCCAAACCGAAGGAGGCACGCAUGAAAACAUUUGAAAUCUAUCGCUGGAAGCCCGGCGAUGAGCCCAAAAUGCAGACAUUCAAGCUGGACUUGAACAAGUGCGGCGCCAUGGUAUUGGAUGCCCUGAUCAAGAUCAAAAGCGAGGUGGACGCAACGCUCACGUUUCGCCGUUCCUGCCGUGAGGGCAUCUGCGGCUCCUGUGCCAUGAACAUCGAUGGCAUCAACACGCUGGCCUGCAUCCAGGCCAUCGACACGAAUGUGGGCAGGCCGUGCAAGAUCUAUCCGCUGCCGCAUCUGUAUGUGAAGCGUGAUCUGGUGCCGGAUAUGUCGCAGUUCUACGAUCAGUAUCGCUCCAUCGAGCCCUGGCUGCAGCGCAAGGACUUGGACAGGGAAAUCGGCAAGGCGCAGUAUCUGCAAUCGUUGGAGGAUCGCAAUCGUCUGGACGGGCUGUACGAGUGCAUUCUGUGCGCCUGCUGCCAGACCGCGUGCCCAUCGUACUGGUGGAAUAGCGAGAAGUAUUUGGGUCCGGCUGUGCUGAUGCAGGCAUAUCGCUGGGUAAUCGAUUCCCGCGACGAGGCCACCGAUCAUCGUCUGUGCCAGCUGAUGGAUCCUUGGAAGCUCUAUCGCUGUCACACCAUACUCAACUGCACCAAUACGUGCCCCAAGAACUUGAAUCCGGCCAUGGCCAUUAUACAGUUGAAACAAUUGCUGGCCGGCAUGAAGAAGAAACCGAAACCAAAGCUCCAGACCGAUCUAUUGUUCCAGAAUCAAAUGUAGUGCUUGCAAAAUUGUGUAAUAUUGAUAUCUUUCUUAUUUUUUUUCUCAUUCACAAUUCGAAUUUCUUUUCGCACGCACACUAACGCAACGGGGGAUGCGUCUUUAAUUGGACAUAUAACGUCUCAGGGACUUGUUGCGACCAAGCACAUUCAUAUGCGACACACUUCAUGCAAUCUCCAAAUAUGAUACGCCCAACUGAUCUGUAUACAAAUCGUACUCGACUCCUUAACAAUCAUUCCAUUACCAUUAAAAAACACAAAAAAAAAGCACAAUAACUUUACAUAUUUCACAAAUAGCUAGAGCUCUUCGCAAAUUGAAAGGGGGUUCAUUGGCUUGAAGUGAUAAUAAAAAUGUGUACUGCUCAGUUUUAUUAUGU